AUGCGGCGACUCCUAGAUCUCAGCCGUGUACACUUGCUCGUCGCCGUGUUAGUUGUGCUGUCAUCUAGUGGCGCGGCAUGGGCGGCGGCGUGCCAGAGCUCCUCGCUCACCGGAUUCACCAGCUCCGUCGACCUCUCGGGUAACGGUCUCGUGCUUCACUGGGCUGCGCUGGACGGCAGCGCGCAGACGGCGCUGCAGAUGGCGCUCGAAGCUAAGGCGGGAAGCGGCGCGGAGAGCGGGUGGAUCUCCGCCGGAUGGUCCGCGGACGGGCGCAUGUACCCCGCGGACUGCGUGAUUGGAAACCUGCCCGGCGGAAGCAUGGGCGCGUAUUACAUGAGCGGGUACGGCGAUUCUGACGUGGCGCCGACCAGCAGCUUCGCCCUCGGUUCUGCCGAGAUGCUGACGUCUAACGGCGGGACUGUCAUGAAGUUCUCCCGCGCGAGCGGCGACGGCGGCGCCAUACCCGUGGACGUGGCGGGGGUGAACACGGUCAUCUGGGCCUACUCGCAGUCCGGCUCCACCGCGCUCGGCUUCCACGGCCGCAACGACGGAGCCACGUCGGUGGAUUUCUCCUGCGUUGGUGCUACUGCUGCUGCCAACUCCACAGCGGGGAGCGGUGCUGGGGGCAGCAAUGGGAGCAACGCGACAACAGGCGGUGGCUCGGGCGGCAGCAGUGGCAGUACCAACUCCACCACGGGCAGCGGAACGGGCAGCAGUGGCAGUGGGAGCACCACCAACAGCACGACCCCUGCUCCUCCCUCUACCCCGCCUGCUUAUAACGAGUCGUUUCCCUUCCCGCCUGAUUCUAACGGGUUCGUGAGUCCUCCUCCUCACCACGACGGAGACCAUGACCAUGGGAGUGAGCAUGGGAACGACGGUGAGCAGGAGGGGGGAGAGUGGGGAGACAGGGAGGAGUGGGCGCAGUGGGGAAACGGAGAGGGGGAGCGUGAGGAGGGGAGGGGAGACGGAGGGGAGGGCGACGAAGAAGGGGAAGGAGGGGAAGGAGGGGAAGGGGGAGAUGGGGCAGGAGGGGGAGAUGGGGCAGGAUGGGGAGGUGGGUCUGGUGCAGCAUCGGCUUGCCAGGCCUCUGGAUCAGUCCAGGUGGAUUUCACUUGCGCCACUGCUGCUGCCGGCAACAGCACCUCUGCGUCAACUCAGGGCGGUGACAGCCAAUCAUUGGGUGCCACGUCAGCAGCAGAAUCCGACAGCAGCAGCAGCAGUGCGUGCAAGGCGUCUUCCCUGACCGGAUAUGACUGCAUGGUGCAGCUCAGUGGCGACAACUUCAUUCUUCACUGGACGACCAACAGCACCAGCACCAUCGCAUUAGCAGCAGAGGCAGCAACGAGCGGGUGGGUCUCGCUUGGCUGGUGUGCCACUGGUCGCAUGUCCCCCGCUGAAGCCGCCAUUGGCAACCUCCCCGCUGGCACCCUCUCUACCGGGAAUGCUGCUGCAACAGCCGUGGGGGCGUAUUCAAUGACCGGUUAUGGCGCCAGCGACGUCGCGGUUACGAGCUCGUUUGCGGUUACCAGCACGGCCGUGGAGGCGGGGAACGGGCGGACGGUGAUCAAGUUUGAGCGGUCGAUGGCGGAUGGGGAGUUCCCUGUGGGCAGCAGCACUGUCAUCUGGGCUUACUCGCGGGAUAACUCGCAGCAACUCGCCGACCACGGGCCCAAUGCAGGCUCUACUACAGUCAACUUUGCAACGGGAGCAUCAGAGGUCGGCGACUCAAGCAGCAGCAGCUCUACACUGUACACCGUGCAUGCAUGGCUGCUCACAGUCGCCUUUGGCAUGCUCAUGCCCGCUGCCAUCCUCACAUCGAGGCUCUUCCUAGCGGAUAAGCCCAUGCCCGUGCACUCUACUGCCACUGCUGCUGCAAGUAACCCCGGUGCAAGUAACGGCAGCGCAGCAGAAGCAGGCACAGCAGCGGCAGGGGGGUUGGGGGAGCCGAUGCUUGUCGAGAAGCACGGUGGGGCAGCAGCAUUGGCAGAGGGGGGAGGCAGUCCCCUGAAAGGCAGUCUUCCCAGCGGCGUGAUGGCAGAAGAUGCACCGGCUCUUGUUGCUCUCUCCGUCGGCGGACCAUCUGCAGCAGCAGCAGGAGGAGGAGCAGCAGGGUCGGGCACAGCAGGAGGUGCAGCAGCAGCAACAGGGGGAGCAGUUUCCAAGAAGCCAUGGCUGAGCAAGCCCAUGGCGUUUGAGGUGCACAAGUGGCUUAUGCUGUCUGCCGUGCUGCUCGCACUCGCUGGAAUCAUCAUGGCGUUCGUGGAAAAGGGGUCGCAAUCAUUGCAGUCGACACAUGGACAGCUCGGAUUGGCCGUGAUGGUGCUGAUUGUUGUGCAGCCAAUCGUGGGGCAGCUGAGGCCGCUCAAGAAGCAUCCCAGCCGUCCAUCCUGGUUUGCGCUGCACUGGGUGGUUGGCGUCGGAACGGUGGUGAUCGCAUGGGCAAACACGUACCUGGGGUUCAAGCUUGCCACCUCCAAAUUUGGAUACGACCUCAAUCGCGCCGCAUCCGGCGGCGGCGGCGGCGAGCAGACGCUGAAGGACCUCGAGGACGAGGCGCUGCAGAAGAAUAGCGAGUUAACGGACGCGACUCUUAAUCUCCGACGAAUCACAGAGCAGACGAAGGGCGUCGCGGGACAGACGCUGGUGACGCUUAAGGAGCAAGGCGACCAGAUCGCGCGUAUACACGAGAACGCUGUCACGCUGGACCAAGAAAUGGAGAAGUCCGAGAAGCUUCUGAGCAAGCUCGGCGGAAUGUUCUCGUUCGGAUGGGCGCCGAAGAAGGGUCACAAGAUCACAGGGCCUAAGUCUUCAGCCAACAAGAAGGACUCGGCAUCGGGAGACGCGGCGAGCCGCGAGGGCUUGGGAUUGUCGGCGCCGAAAGCGGGCGCGGCACCUCCUAAAGCCAAGGAGGGCAUGACAGCAAUGGAGAAGAUCGAGAUGGAGCGCAAGUUCCAGGACGAGGUGCUGGACGAUGUGAGCGAUGGGCUGGACGCGCUGAAGAACAUGGCCAUGACCAUGGGGUCCGAGAUGGACAAGCAAGACAAGGCGUUGGACCAUCUGUCGGACGAUGUCACGGAGAUCAACAGCAGAGUGAAGCAGUCCAACAAGCGCGCCGCCAAGCUGCUUGGGAAACGCUAG